AUGGGAUGCUGCUGUAAGAACGCAGAAGAAGUAAUAAAUAUUUUAGCCUGAGCCAGAGUCUUAUAAGAAGCUAGAAGAGCCCAAAAAAAUAGACGCGACUGCGUUUACAUUUGCAGGGUCUAUUACUUCAGACCAGAAAUCACCUCCAACAUUUUCAGAUCCUGUUGUUUUUAACACUGAAGGCCAGCCCACAGAAGUGAAUUAUAAUACGAGCUUUGCAGAUGGGUCUUUUGAUUAA